AGAGGGGGAGAGAGAGAAAGAGGGGGCGGGCGGGGGGGCCGCGCAAUGGGCAGCAGCAGCAAGCCAGCAGCGGAGAAGAAGAGGAAGAAGAAGGGCCGCCCCUCCCUCCUCGAUCUCCAGAAGCGCAGCCUUCGUCUCCAAAAACAACAGCAGGAGAAGGAGAAAUCCAACAAUCGGAACCCUAACCCUAACCCUAAUUCCAAUCCCUACCUCCGCUUUCCUUCCUCCUCCUCCAGCCGCCGGAUCACCCGCCGGAACCCCCAUCCCGAGGCGGCGGAACCGUCGCCUCCGCCUCCGGCGGCGGUGGAGGAGGAGGACGAGGAGGAGGUGGAGAGCUCCGGAGGGAAGCGGAGAGAGAAGAAGCUCAAGCUCGUUCUCCGCCUUCCCCCUGGUCGCUCCGCGAAUUCCAAUUCCGGCUCCGAUUCCGACGACGAUGCUCGGGGCGCGGUCCGCCGGAAGCGGAAGAUCGACGCUGUCGGCAGCCAUGGGGAUCGAGACAAGGCAGAAAGGCACAAUUCCUCGAAAGCGAUGGAUUCUCUUCAAGGGGAGCCAUCAGAUUCCGGGCCCACAACACCUUUGCCAGACAAAAAGUUGUUGGUGUUCAUCCUUGAUAGGCUCCAGAAGAAAGAUACUUAUGGUGUCUUCUCAGAGCCCGUGGAUCCGAACGAGCUUCCGGACUAUCAUGAAGUCAUAGAGCAUCCAAUGGAUUUUGGAACCGUACGCAAGAAGCUGUCAAGUGGAGCGUAUGCAAACUUGGAACAGUUUGAGAAGGAUGUGUUCUUAAUUAGCUCAAAUGCCAUGCGCUAUAAUGCACCAGACACCAUUUACUAUAGACAGGCACGAUCCAUACAUGAGCUUGCCAAAAAGAACUUUGAGAACUUGAGACAGGAGAGUGAUGACAAUGAACCAGAACCAAAGACAGUUGUGAGGAGAGGGAGACCACCAAACAAAAAUAAACGGCCUGUUGGCAGGCCAGCUGAGCGUGCUACUUCAGAUUUCUCCUCUGAUGCAACACUUGCUAAUGCAGGGGAUGGUGUUCAUUGGUCUAACAUGGCACAUGAUUUGUCAAGGAAAGGAUCAGUGGUGGAUAAGUCUGUCAUGAUGGCUUCCCAUGGUGUUUGCAAUAUUGACAUGUUCAGUUUGGGCGAGCGAAAAUCAGAGAGAAAUGAAGAAUGCUCAGGUUCUGCAUGUAAAGGGAUUUCAACAAAAUUUGGGAAGAAACUCACUGUUAUAGAUGAAAAUCGGCGCAACACAUACAAGCAAUCCCAGCAAUUUACCUCUGGAUGUGAGCCAUCAGUACUGACUACCUUUGAUGGGGACAGGAAACAACUGGUGCCAGUUGGGCUUCACAUGGAGUAUUCAUAUUCAAGAAGUUUGGCUCGAUUUGCUGCAAAUAUUGGCCCCAUUGGCUGGGCCAUUGCUGCCAAGAAGAUUGAAAAAGCAUUGCCUCCUGGGACAAAGUUUGGCCCUGGUUGGGUUGGAGAGGGAGAUGCUCCACGGCGGUCACAACCACCUCUGUUAUCUGCAUCAUCUCCACAUCCCUCUUAUCAACCCAAAAUUUUGCCCUGCACCACAAUAUCCAGAAGUGAUAUACUUCCACAGAGGCUGGAACCACCCUCAAAUGACUCAGCUGUUGAAGAAGCCCAUUUCAGCAGAACUCUUCCACCUGCUUCAACAUCUGCUGCCACUAAUAGACCCCCUGAUAUUAUGGAGGGUCCUGUGUCUUCUAGGGGAUCGAAUUAUGAAAAUGGAUCGGGUACUUUAAGUGGUGUUGGUGGUGGUGAUGCUAAUCAGUUCAAGGUUCCCUUUCAGGUUCAUCAGAAUACAGGAAUGCAAGCCACAAUAAAUGGCUUCAAUAACCUGUUUAAAAUGUCUUCGCAGUUUGGUAAGAUGCUGAGACCAACAAGAACACCUGGGUCUUUUGGUUCUGAUGUACAGAUGACACAUGCUCAAGCACUUGACAUGGUUUCCAGAAGCAGCAACAGCCUCAUCCAUCAGGUACCCAUCAGCCACUUGGAUGCAGAGAAGGUAAAACCGAUGGCAGGUUACUCAAAUACGGUAAAUUCCGGAAACCCCUUGCCGGAUUCUGGUCUCUCCCAGGGUUCAUGGCAGGGUAUGUCACUGCAACCAAAGUCAGAUUCUGUUCCACCUGACCUCAAUGUUGGAUUCCAGUCACCAGGAUCACCAACUUCGGGCAUGUUAGUUGAUUCACAGCAACCUGAUUUAGCCUUGCAGCUUUGAAGGUACAAGUUAUUCUUCAGUUGAGUUAACUAGGGAGAGAGAUUCAUGGUGUUGGACUUGCACCUGACAAGCGGUGUUAGAUGAUGAAAAUAUAGAUAGUGAGGGUUUUUAACAAUUAUUCAACACCAGCAUUAUGUUGUAAUGGUGCAGGGGCAGUUGUACAGAUUAAUUAAUGUAUUAGAAAUUAAAAAUCUUCAGAUGAAGAAGCUGAAUCCCAUUUGUAACAUUCUAAAUUGCCUUAGUAGAGAAGGUUUUGCUUCUGCUGAUAAA